AUGGUGGUAACAAAAAUAGGAAACCUGACAGCCCAUCUCCCUAACCCCCAUGACAUAGGAAAACCAUACUUGAAUAAUAAUCGCUAUGCUCGCGAGGAAGUUGUUGACUAUUACUACUAUUUGCUUCAACCUGGACACAAACGUAAAAUACUGACAGAUGUAGAAAGGGCAUUGCGAAGGGUGCAAAAAUAUACUGCCUCUACAAAGCCAUCAGAAGUUGGAUAUAUAGAACCAAAGCUGAAGAAGCGGAAAAAAAGUUGGCUACUUCAAGCUUUAUCAGAGGAGAACUAUAAUGAAGGCGAAACAAAUGUGAACUUAUCAACAACAUCAACUCAUAAGCUGCAAAAACAAUUGGAUUGCAUCUAUUGUCAUGCCAUGAGGCUUGAAUAUGAGCCACCAACAUUUUGUUGCGCAAGUGGAUAUAUUCAGUUGGCCCCCGACGAAGUUGGAGAGGACUUAUACAAAUUAUUUACAGAUGAGUCCAAAGAAGCCAUCCUAUUUCGGAAACAUAUUCGAGCGUAUAAUAGCAUCUUUGCUUUUACAUCAUUUGGAGUACAACUCAACAAAGAACUGGCAUCUUCAAGGAAAGGCAUUUACAGCUUUAAGGCGCAAGGACAAAUCUAUCACGACCUACCAUCAUUGAUCCCGAAGGAUGACAGGCCACGUUACUUCCAGCUAUACUUCUAUGAUACAGAUCAUGAAGUCGCCAACAGAAUGUCAAUACUACAAGAUGCUAAUUUAUCCGAGGAAGUCAUGAAAAAAAUCAGGAAAAUAAUGGAGCAAAAUCCAUAUGCAAAAUUUUUUACACAACUAAAGCAUCAUUCAAAUUUUCAGAACUUAGAAAUACGCAUAGCUGCAAAUGCUUUUUUAGAUCAACGGGUGUAUAACAAACCUUCAGUAGAUCAAGUUGCGGCAAUUUGGGUAGACGGAAACAAUCCAAAUAUCUCAUUUGAAAGAGAUAUUGUAGUACACGAACAUUCCGGGAACAAACAUCGAGUAAAACAUUAUUAUGGUUGUUAUGAUCCUCUACAGUAUCCAUUGAUUCUACCAAAUGGUGAAGGAGGUUGGCAUCAAGGAAUAGUGAAAUCUCACAAUCCAAAUAUCACCAUUCCUACAUAUACAACAACAGCUGCCAACAUAUGCCCUCGAUCAUAUGCCAGUGCAACAGAGGUUUUGAACAAUGAAGAACAAGUGGACAUGUACAUAAAAUUGGAAACCACGCGACUUGAAUAUUAUAGAUUCGAACAAUCAAAUUACAGAAGAGAGAUAUUACAAGGUAUCGUUGAUAGUGUUACGGCAGGCGAAUGCAGAGGAGAGAAGGUCGGGCAAAGGGUCUUACUACCAGGGUCAUUCAUUGGAGGCCCGAGGGAUAUGCGACGACGCUAUAUGGAUGUUAUGGCACUGGUACAAGAGUAUGGAAGACCAGAUCUAUUUAUCACCAUGACGUGUAACCCUGAAUGGACAGAGAUUCAAGAACAACUAUGUGCGGGGCAAGUUGCUCAAGAUCGUCCAGAUUUGGUGACUAGAGUGUUUAGGGCAAAAUUGCAGGACCUGAAAGACCAAAUAUUUAAAAAGGAAAUUUUUGGCCCGACAGCAGCACAUGUUUUUGUAGUUAAAUUUCAGAAGAGAGGCCUACCACAUAUACACCUACUACUAAUUUUAAAACAAGGUCAUAAAAUAACAUCAGCAGAUCAGUAUGAUCGAUAUAUUUCGGCAGAGUUGCCUGCUAAGGAUAAGCAGCCAGAAUUACAUGAAUUGGUUAUUAAGCAUAUGAUUCAUGGUCCUUGUGGUAUAAAACGACAAUCAAGUCCAUGUAUGAAGGACGGACAAUGUAAGUUUCACUACCCCCGAGCAUUCAACAACAAAACAAUACAAAGGAGAGAUGGAUAUCCUAUUUACCGAAGAAAAAAUGAUGGGAGGACAAGCGAGGUUCGAGGAAUGAAGAUGAAUAAUCAGUGGGUUGUCCCUUAUAAUCCAUAUUUAUUGAAGAGAUAUAAUUGCCACAUUAAUGUAGAGGUUUGCUCAGGUGUUAAAGCAAUAAAGUACCUGUACAAGUAUAUAUAUAAAGGACAUGAUAAGUGUGCAGUUUACAUUGAGUCAGACGAGGGUGAAAAAUUCAUAGAUAAAAUUCGAAGCUUUCAAGAUACACGUUGGGUGUCACCACCUGAAGCGAUGUGGAGGAUUUACGAGUUUACUCUAAGCGAAAUGCAACCAGCUGUUAUAAACCUACAACUACAUCUACCCGGUAAACAAGCAGUCUACUAUUGGAAGAAGCAAAAUCUUCAAAAUAUUGCAGGCUCCCAGUUUGUACAACAAACUAUGUUUACUGAGUAUUUCAGGAUGUGCUUGAAUGACACUGACGCUCGCAAUUAUCUAUAUAGAGAAUUCCCCAAGCAUUAUGUUUGGAAUUCCCAAUCUAAAGUUUGGACUAAAAGAAAAUCGCGCUCCGUGAUCGGCAGAAUAAAUGUUGGUAAGUAUUACACUUUGAUAUAUGGCAUUUAUGAGUUAAACAAUAAACUAACUAGGAUGAUCGAAAUCACAGCUAAUCCUAGAGAAGGAGAAAGGUAUUACGAGAGAUUAUUAUUAAAUCAUGUUCGAGGUCCGACAUCAUUUGAAGACUUACUCACUGUUAAUGGAAUACAUUGUCAUACUUUCAAAGAAGCUGCCAAGGAAAGAGGUUUAUUAGAAUCAGAUGAUAGCAUUUCAGAAUGCUUACGCGAGGCUGUAAUCUUUAAGAUGCCUGUAGCUCUUCGAAUGUUGUUUGCGACAAUUUUAGUUCAUUGCAACCCAACAGAUGUAAGAAGACUAUGGGACACAUAUUAUAACGAUAUGUCAGACGACUUUCAGAGGACCCAUGCCAAAUCAGCCGAGGCCAAACUCCAAAGUACGUUGAAAAGUGUAAAUUCAUACUUGGAGAGUAUGGGUCAAAGUGUUGCAAAAUUUGAUAUGCCACAAAUCCAACAAGAAUUACAUCAAGGUGACACAUAUGAAUGCCGAGAAAUAGUCGAAGAAAGGUCUGUGAAGGUGCCAACUGAAGAUAUGGAGGCACAAUCAAAGUUGAAUGAACAACAAACGCAAGCAUUCAAGACUAUCUUGCAAAGGACCGACUCUGGAACACCAGGAUUAUUCUUUGUAGAUGGACCCGGUGGAACUGGAAAAACAUAUCUAUAUCGGGCAUUGCUGGCACAUAUAAGAUCAAGAGGUAUGAUAGCAUUGGCAUCCGCCAGCAGCGGGGUAGCAGCAGCAAUCUUACCGGGAGGUCGUACAGCUCACUCGAGAUUUGGAAUACCUCUACAAGCUAAUGAAACAACAAUGACAAAUAUGUCAAAACAAAGUGGCGGGGCUAAACUUAUUAAACAAGCCAAACUAAUAAUAUGGGACGAAGCACCAAUGGCUAAGAGACACGCAAUUGAAACAGUCGACAGAAGCUUUCGUGAUAUAAUGGAAAAAAAUGUACCUUUUGGGGGAAAAGUAAUGGUAUUUGGAGGUGACUUUCGACAAGUGCUACCGGUGGUUCCAAAAUCAACACGAGCAGAGACAGUGGAUGCAAGUUUGGUAAGGUCAUAUUUGUGGCCUUUGAUGGAAAAAAUUCAUUUAACAUCCAACAUGAGGGCAAGAACAGAUCCAAAUUUUAGCAACUUCUUGAUUCGUGUUGGAAACGGCGAAGAGAACACAAUACGGGAUAAUUUAAUACUACUACCACAACAAAUAGUGGUCCACCCAACUGGUCAGGGUAAGGCAGAAGAAUGCUUGGUAACAGAAAUUUUUAAAGGGCUACAACAAAAUUACAGAUCGGCAAAGUUUAUUACUGAAAGGGCAAUCUUAGCAAGUCGAAAUGAAUUCGUAGAUAAUAUAAAUGAAAUGAUGAUUACUCGAUUCCCAGGAGAAACCAGAACAUAUAUCAGUUUCGACUCGGCAGAAGAUGAUACCAAUAAUUACUAUCAAGAAGAAUACCUAAAUACAUUAACUCCAAAUGGUCUGCCGCCACAUAGGUUGGUUUUGAAAGAGAAUGCGCCUAUCAUGAUGCUGCGCAAUUUAGACCCAUCAAAUGGUUUAUGCAAUGGGACACGAUUGAUUUGUAGAGGUUUUGACAACAAUGUCGUGCAUGCAGAAAUAACUACAGGAGAAUUUGCAACAAAACAUGUGUUUAUACCAAGAAUCCAAUUAUCGCCGCCUGAGAAUGAAGGAUAUCCUUUUAAAUUUAUUCGGAAGCAAUUUCCAAUACGUCUAUGUUUUGCCAUGACAAUAAAUAAGGCUCAAGGUCAAACGAUACCUAAUGUGGGAUUAUAUCUUCCCCAACAUGUUUUCUCCCAUGGGCAACUAUAUGUAGCUUUAUCAAGAGGAAUCUCAAUGGCAACAACAAAGGUAUUGGUUAUGACUGAACAACCAGAUACGGGGACAGGGACAUAUGCAAGAAAUAUCGUAUACAAGGAAGUAUUAGGUUAG